UCAGGCUCUCCGAAGGGGAGAGGAAUAAUGGACCUGAGCUGGACCGCCGGGAUCCCCGCGUGCAUGUUGCCUCGGCGAACCCGAUCCUCUUCCGCUCAGCCUGCGGGCCAGUCGUCGCUCGCCAGCCCACGAAUGGAAUCUGUCGCAGGGGGCAGAUCCGGCCUAUCUUCCACUGACAUGCGCACUGGAUUUCUGGAACAAACUGGGGGCGCCUGACUCGA